ACGGGUCUCCUUCAGAGCCGAGGAUGAACUGCGGGUUACCAGAGUAAAUCCAGUCGGCAUGCAGCGGGAACAACAGCUGGAGUGAAUUUCAUUUUGUUUUUCGGGGGAGAGCGAAUGUCGCAGUCAGAACCCGACAGGAAAUGACUACCACUAUGGACGGUCCCACGGGGCCAGGUGUGAGAGCGAAUGGACAGGUCCGACCCCCCAGCAGCAGCAGCCCACCGCCAUCGCCGUUGGGCCCACCCAUGUCUUCAGAAGAGCUGAACGAAGAGCAUCAGUCCUCUCUGACGGACGUCACUCAGAUGUGGAUUAAGUUUGCCAAAACCUUCGCCAUCAUAUUCCCCAUCUACAUGAUGGGAUACUUUGAGUUCAGCUUCAGCUGGGUUCUGAUUGGGCUCGCCGCGCUGUUCUACUGGAGGAAGAACUACAGCAGCAAGGACUACAAGAUAAACCGGGCCUUGGCGUACCUGGAGCACGAGGACAAAGUUGCAAAGCAAAGUGUGCAGACAGCGGAGCUGCCGCCGUGGGUCCAUUAUCCAGAUGUGGAGAGAGUGGAGUGGCUCAAUAAGACGGUGAAGCAGAUGUGGCCGUUCAUCUCCCAGUUUGUGGACAAGCUGUUCAGAGAGACCAUCGAGCCGGCCGUGAAGGGUGCCAACCCCCAUCUCAGCACCUUCUGCUUCACCAAGAUCGACAUGGGCGACAAGCCUCUGAGGGUGAACGGGGUGAAAGUUUACACAGAACAUGUCGACAAGAGGCAGGUCAUCAUGGACCUGCAGAUCAGUUUUGUUGGAAACACAGAAAUUGAUGUGGACAUCAAGAAGUACUACUGCAAGGCUGGGAUCAAAAGUAUUCAGCUUCAUGGAGUGUUGAGGGUGGUGAUGGAGCCUCUCCUGGGGGAUAUGCCUCUGAUCGGAGCGCUGUCCGUCUUCUUCCUCAAGAAACCCAUGCUGGAUAUAAAUUGGUCGGGACUCACAAACAUACUGGAUAUUCCAGGUGUAAACGGAUUGUGCGACAGCCUCCUCCAGGACAUCAUCUACAGCUACGUGGUCCUGCCGAACAAAAUCAACAUCCCUCUGGUCGGAGAGGCGGACCUGGCCAGACUCCGCUUCCCCAUCCCCAAGGCCGUCCUAAGAAUCCACUUCAUCGAGGCCCAGGACCUGCUGAGUAAGGACAAGAUCCUGGGAGGGUUGAUCAAGGGCAAGUCGGACCCGUACGGAGUGGUCCGAGUCGGAGCGGACAUUUACAAGAGCAAAGUUAUCCAGGAGAACCUGAACCCGAAGUGGAACGAGGUGUAUGAGAUUAAAAUCUACGAAAGCUCGGGACGCGUCGUGGAGAUCGAGCUGUUCGAUGAAGACACAGAUAAAGACGACUACCUGGGAGGUCUUCAUUUUGACUUGGACGAGGUCAAGAAAGAGCAGAAGGUUGACCAGUGGUUUACUUUGGACGAAGUGACGUCGGGGAAGCUGCACCUCAAACUGGAGUGGUUUUCUCUGCUGUCCCAGCCUCAGAAACUGGACCAGGCGCUGGCGGCCAUCAAGGCCGACCGCGGCUACGCCAACGACGGCCUGUCGUCUGCCGUGCUCAUCGUCUUCCUGGAUUCAGCCAAAAACCUGCCGUCUGGUAAAAAAGUGUCCAGUGAACCCAGUCCGUUCGUCCAGUUCACAGUGGGACACCAGUCCUUUGAUAGCAAGACCAAAUAUAAAACCAACGAACCGAUCUGGGAGGAAGCGUUCACCUUCCUCGUCCACAACCCCAAGAUCCAAGAGCUGGAGAUUGAUGUAAAGGACCAUAAGCACGAGUGUUCGUUAGGGACGAUAACGCUGCCUCUGACUCGUCUGCUGGAGGCAGAAGACAUGACUCUGAGCCAGCGCUUCCCCAUCAAAAACUCUGGACCGAGCUGCACCCUCAAGAUGAAGAUGGCUCUGCGGGUGUUGUGUCUGGAGAAAGACGCAACCUCAUCAUCAAGCUCGACCCCGUCCUCCGUGCAGGUCCGUAAGUCCAGUUCUAGCAACGCAGUCCCACGAUCUUCUGUUUCAUCAGAAGCCUCCAAAUCUCCCUCCACCGUUCCCGAAGUUCCCUCCUCUGCGUCAGCUCAGGAUGUGCACAAACGCCAAAAGGAGGCGCAGGAGGCCGUGAGGACUCCAGGAAGUGCAGCCCAGGGGCAGAGUGGUAAAGGAAAAGAAGCAGCAUCAGGAGGAGGAGGAGGUCAGAAGUUGUCAGAGACUGGGAGGAGCACGUCUAACCUGAACAUGUCAGGUUCCCAGCUUUACCUGGCUGGAGGCAAGGAGCCGACGCCCAGCAUUGCUUCAGAUAUCUCCAACCCCUUUGCUGCCCAGGAGCUGCAGCAGAGGAUCCAGCAGCUGCAGAAUGGAUCGGGUCCCAGCCUCUUCCCACUGGGUGAGGUCCAGAUAACUCUCAGACACAGCUCGCAGAGGAACAAACUGAUCGUGGUCGUUCACUCCUGCAGAAACCUGAUUGCUUUCACGGAUCACGGCUCAGAUCCUUACGUCCGCCUCUACCUGCUUCCUGACAAACGGAGGUCGGGCAGGAGGAAAACUCCAACGCUAAAGAAAACACUCAAUCCAAACUAUGAUCAGACGUUUGAGUUCAACGUCUCUCUCAUGGAACUUCAGCGACGAACUCUGGAUGUGGCGGUGAAGAACGGUGGAGGUCUGCUCUCCAAACACAAAGGCCUUCUAGGAAAGGUGCACUAUUUUAUUUAA